AUGAUAGACGCUACUGAACCUUUGGCUAUCAUUGGCCUAGCCACUCGUUUUCCAGAUGAUGCAGAUAGCACAGAAAACCUUUGGAAGUUUCUGCUUGACAAAAGAUGUGCACAUUCGCCAUUUCCUGCAGACAAGAUCGGCGCUGGUCAUUACCAUCCUGAUCCAGAGCAUGGUGGCACAUUUGCCGUCAAGGGUACGUCGCAUCUGGGAAGCAUAAAAGCACAAGCUGUGCAAUCUGAUUUUGGUUGAUAUCCUCCAGGUGGCCACUUUUUGAAGGAAGAUUCUGCCUAUUUCGACGCCCCUUUCUUCAGUAUCACGAAAGGCGAAGCGCAGUCUCUCGACCCACAACAACGAGUCGUCUUGGAAAAUGUCUAUCUGGCGCUUGAGAACGGUGGUCUGGCCAUGGAGAAGGUGGCGGGCUCCAAUACUUGCGUCUUCGUGUCUGGCUUCAAUCAUGACCACCUGGCAAUCCUUAAUAGCGAUCCCGAGACGACGCUGCGUCACCGCGUUACGGGACUUACGAAUUCGAUGCACAGCAAUCGCGUCAGCUGGUUCUUUGAUUUUCGAGGCCCCAGUGUCACGAUCGAUACAGCGUGUUCGAGUUCAAUGGCUGCCCUACAUCUUGGGGCACAAAGUUUGCGCACAGGCGAGAGCGAUAUGGCCGUGGUCACCGGCGUAACAAUCAUCAACUAUCCAGGAGAUGUAGCGGGAAUGAGCCAUCAAGGCUUCCUCUCCCCAGAUGGACGAUGCUUCAGCUUCGAUCAUCGAGCAAAUGGCUUCGCGAGAGGAGAAGGCGUGGGGACAGUAAUUGUCAAGCGCCUGAGCGCGGCUUUAAAAGAUGGAGACACAAUUCGAGCGGUGGUACGGGGCACCGGGAUCAAUCAAGACGGACAUACUCCCGGCCUUACACUACCAAGCAGCGAUGCGCAAUCAGAUCUCAUUAAGGCUGCCUAUGCGUCUGCUGGGCUGGAUUUCGAUCAGACGAUGUUCGUUGAAGCGCACGGCACUGGCACGAAGCAAGGAGAUGCUAUUGAGGCUCGUGGCAUAGCACAGGCCUUUGCCUCGAGGAGGAAAGACAAGCCGCUGUAUGUGGGCUCCGUGAAGGCGAGUAUUGGACAUUUGGAAGGCGCUGCUGGCGUCGCGGGGUGAGUCCCUCAGCGAUCAUCAAUCUAGACCUGAACGCCUACUAACAAUACGUGCGUGUAGCAUUGUGAAGUCCGUCUUGGCGCUGGAGCAUGGUAUAAUCCCACCUCAGGCCAACUUUGAGAAGCCGAACCCCAAAAUCCGGUUUGACGCUUGGAAUCUGCACAUCCCGAGAGAUCCUACACCUUGGCCGUGCGAUGGCUUGCGUAGAGUAUCUGUCAAUAGCUUUGGUGUCGGCGGAACCAACAGCCAUGCUAUCCUUGACGAUGCAUAUCAUUUCUUGAAGGAACAUGGACUCAGCGGAAGACACCACACGACGACAGUAGUUCCCUCUCCAAAGGAGAUAGACAAACAUGCCCAACGACCGUCUAUUGAGCCGGAUGAGAUGACCAAUGGCGAGAGCGUUAACGACAGCGAGGCUUCUACAAUCAUUACGAACGGGCACCACUCGCAUCGGCAGUGGCAGCUUCUGGACGAGAUAGCAAGUCCUCCUCAGCUCGUUGGCAUAUCGGCAUUCGACGAGGAAGGAGUCAGAAGAAGUGCGAAUGCGCAGGCCGAGCACCUCGCAAAGAACAAACGCAAAUAUACACAAGGACCCGACUUGGUGCGCGAUUUUGCUUUCACAAUGCACAAGAGGUCUCAACUCGGAUGGAGAAGCUCACUGAUGGCUUUUCAUGGACCCGGACUUUCAGAGAGCCUAUCGUCUCAGCUGACCAAGCCCGUCAGAGCCAGAGGCACCCUAUCCGUAGCAUUUGUCUUCACCGGUCAAGGAGCCCAGUACGCCGGGAUGAGUCGCGAGCUGCAUGGAUAUCCAGUCUUCAGACGGAGCCUCGAAGAAGCUUCAUUCUUCUUCAGAUCCCUGGGCGCUGAAUGGUCACUGAUCGACGAGCUGUCCAAGAGCGAAGAGGAUACUCAGAUUCACGAACCUUGGCUUGCGCAACCCGCUUGUACGGCUAUACAGGUAGCGAUGGUGGACCUUCUGAGGUCUUGGAAUAUCUUACCUGCUCGGGUUAUUGGUCACAGCUCAGGUGAAAUCGCUGCUGGGUAUUCUGCCGGUAAACUCAAUAGAGAGUCUGCGUGGAGAGUGGCUUACUACCGCGGCAUCGUCUCCAGCACGCAAACAGCAGUCAAGGGUACAAUGGCUGCUGUGGCUCUGUCGCAACCGGAUGCUCAAGCAAGACUGGAUGAGCUUAACAAGAGCGGCGAUGGCAAAGCUGUAGUGGCUUGUAUCAACAGCCAGCGCAACUGUACCGUCUCUGGGGAUGAGCACAUCGUAUCUCGCUUGUGCCAGACGCUUCAAGAAGAGAGCAUCUUCGCUCGCAAGCUGAACAUCACUAAAGCCUAUCACAGUCACCAUAUGGAAGCAAUUGCCAAAGAGUACCACGCAAUGCUCCAAAAUAUCACACCUGGCGAGCCAAACAAGACUCAAAUGUUUUCGACGGUGACUGGAGCACUUGCAGAGGAGGAAGUCUUGAAUGGCGAAUACUGGGUCAAGAAUCUCAUCUCGCCUGUCAGGUUCUCUGAUGGUCUGAGCACCACACUGUUUCGAGCGGCGCAAAAGGGUCAAGCGUCACUGAAGAUAGACUCCAGCGCUGGCAACGUCUUUGUCGAUACCAUUGUGGAGCUCGGUACCCAUGGGGCUCUUCAGAGCGCGAUCAAAGACAUACUAGCAAGCCAGCCUGGAGCGUCCAUCAUCACUUCACAUGCCCUCCUCAACAGGUCCAAGCCGGGCGCAGAGUCUCUUCUCAGUACGGUGGGCCAUCUGUGGAGCAGAGGGUAUCCCGUCAAUCUGCAACUGGUCAAUGAGAGCUGGGAUGCCGGACAUGCACCGAGAAAGCCCUCGCUCCUCGUAGAUCUGCCAGGCUAUGUCUUCAAUCAUUCUCAAAAGCUGUGGUAUGAGAGUCGGCUGUCUCGCAAUCAUCGCCUUCGAAAGGAGCCACGACACGACCUGUUCGGUGCCCCGGUGGCCGACUGGAACUCGGAAGCGCCUCGCUGGAGGAACUUCUUGCGACUCGGAGAGCAACCUUGGCUUCGCGACCAUCUCGUCACUGACUCCUACGUAUAUCCCGGCGUUGGAUACAUCAUCGCUGCCGUAGAGGCAAUGCGGCAGAUUGCUCAUCAAGAUUUGGAAAUUACUGGGUUCCGCCUGAAAGAAAUCUCUAUCAAGCGAGCGCUGAUCGUUCCAGACGGCAAAGAAGGCGUCGAGGUGAUGUUGAGCAUGGCUCGUGUUGAUGAAUCCAGCGUCGGCGUUUCCUCAACCUGGAGAAGGUUUCAAAUCGACUCAUACAAUCCCCUCGGCGACGAGUGGAUCGAGCACUGUACCGGUUAUAUCGCCGUUGACUAUGACGCUCCUACUGGCCCAGUGGAUGGUGGCAGAGAGGCAGGGGAAGAAGCCAAGGCCAGAAAAGAGCAACUUCUGGAAGCUGAAGCAAGAUGUCAGGGCUCGUUCGACAUUGAGCGUGCUUAUGAGAACAUGGCCUCAAACGGAUUGAAUUUCGGACCUCUGUUCCGGAAUGGGUCUGAGACUACUGGCACUGGCAGUCGUGGUGGAGCAGUCCUUGGAAAAGUGACUGUUCCGGACGUUGCCAAGGCAAUGCCGAAGGGGCACAUGUCGCCUCAUCUCAUCCACCCAGCAACCAUGGACAGUAUGAUGCAUUUUGCGUUGGGCGCGAUCAUGGACUUCCUUGGAGGAGAGACUUUGGAGGGACCAGCCGUGCCGACAUUCAUCGAGGAAGUCUGGUAAGUGAAACGACGUCUGGAAGUACACAUACGUCUUGAAACCCUGCUCACAUUCUUCCUUCUCUUUGUAGGAUGUCCGCAGACCUGCAUUCUGAGCCAGGCGCUCAGUAUCGUGUUCAUGGCCGGACCAAGCGAGUCGCUUUUGAGAAGUACGAUAAUGAUGUGCUGGCAUGGGACGCUGGUUCCGGAGACGCUCGAGUUGCUAUUCUCGGCAUCCGUGCAACUCCAUUGGACUCUGCUGAUCAGCAGGUCAGUCUCGCAAGAGAGCUGUGCCACGAUUUGACCUGGGUGCCCUAUCUUGAGACCAUCACUCUAGCGGAUGUUCAAUGUAACACGAGGGUGUCACAGGCCGGCGAUUUGACGACCGAAUGGGUGCAACGUCUGCAGCUUGCAACGAUGCUUUUGGUCCAUGACGCUCUCCAAGAGCUCAACAAGGCGGAUCCGCCCGUCGUUCCAGAAGGCCAUUUGGCUCGAUACCUCGAGUGGCUUGAGCAGCUCGAUAAAUGGAUGCAGGAAGAUCAAGUCUCUGGCAUGUCCAAGUCAGAUUUUGACCAGGUCAAGGACGAUGCUGCCGCCAAGAAGACGCUCUUUAACCAAAUCGAAGGCUAUAAAGCCGAAGGUCGACUUGCAUAUCGCAUGGGCUCCAACAUUGUGAAGGUAUUGAAGAAGGAAGUCGACCCUCUCCAUCUCAUGUUUGGGCAAGACGACAUCCUGGAUCACGUGUAUGCUGACUUGGUGGAUCUUGGAGACCUCCCCGGCCAGCAAGCGCAGUUCCUCCAGAUCCUGGCCGACAACCGGACUAAUUUGAGAGUUUUGGAAAUCGGAGCAGGGACUGGUUCUAGCACCAAAGCAAUCAUCGAGACUCUUGCACCGCUUGCGGAAGAUGGCCGAGUUCUCCGUUCAAGCGUUGUCCAGUACACGUACACGGACAUCUCGGCAGCUUUCUUUGAGAAGGCAAGAGAAAAGCUCAAGGCUUACCACGGCAUCAUGGACUACAAAGUUCUCGACGCCGAGAAGGAUGUCGGCAUGCAGGGUUUUGAUCUGGGCAGCUAUGACUUGAUUGUCGCGCAAAGUAAGUGGAGUGCUAUGUUCAAGACACCAUUUCCUGUCCAAAACACCUGCUCUCCUUCUGACUAUCGCCUCUAGAUGUUAUACAUGCCACGGCAGAUCUGAAGAGUACAUUGACCAAUCUACGAAAAUUGAUGAAGCCCGGUGGCCGCUUCCUGAUUCAAGAGGGCAUGAGACAGGACUACUUCUGGUCCGCGCUCGCAUUUGGCCAACUUCCUGGCUGGUGGCUCGGUAGUGAGGGCGCAAGGAGAUGGAGUCCGUUCGUGCCCGCCUCGGAGUGGAAUGCACUCCUUCGUGCUUCGGGCUUCUCCGGCGUCGAGCUGGAGAUGCCCAACAGCCUUGAGCCUGCACUGCAUACUCAGAGUCUAAUGCUCGCGGGUGCCAUUGCCACCGCCGAUGCCGCUUCGAGGGAAGGUUCCUGGGAAGAAACGGCUAUCAUCACGAGUCUUCCAGCUGUCCAAACUUCCGAUGGCUUGAUUUCAAGAUUGCGGGCAGGGCUUGCAACAGUACUAGGGACACAGAAGAUUGCAAUCCUGCAUCUCGACCAGCUGAAAGAUGCCGACUUGAGCCGGACGCUGUGUAUCUCAGUAGUCGAGUUAGAGCGAUCGGCACUUGCCUCCCCGACGGUAGAUGAGUACGAAGGCAUCCGCCGGAUGCUCACCGUCUGCAAAGGGCUGUUGUGGGUUACGGCCGAUGAUAUCCAGAACCCAAAUUUCGGCAUGGCCACUGGCCUCCUUCGCACAGUCCGGUGGGAGAGGGAUCUGGAUGGCGUCAAUUUGGUGACUCUCUCGAUUGCAGAGCCCAAGCCUGAUGUCGAAGCGCUCUCCGAGUCAAUCGCGGGCCUAUGUCGAAUCCAGUUUGCCGGUGCCCUGACGCCCCAAGAGACGAACGGAGAGUACACUCUCACCGGCGGCAAGCUCAUCACUACUCGACUCAAAGACAGCGCUGGCGCAAACGGAUUUUUGGCAUCCAAAUUCAGCACGCCGAAGCCGGUGAUGAUGCCGUGGAAGGACGCAGGAAGACCUGUCAAGCUAUCGUCCGCGUCUCCAGGAUUGUUGCACAAGUUGGAGUGGGUGACUGAUCCCGUCUAUAACAUGCCGUUGGACCCAACGCAUGUUGAAAUCGAAAUCAAGGCGAUGGGUCUUAAUUUUCGAGAUUUGAUGAUCGCCAUGGGCGAGCAUAUGGCAAUUAGCAUCGGUUGUGAGGUAUGAUCAGACGCCCGUGAACUGAAAACAAUGUACGUGAAGCUAACUACGUUUCUAGGCAUCGGGUAUGACGGAACGUGUGUGACUGGGAGAAGAAUGAAGCUGAUUGCAAUUAUCUAUAGGCGUCAUCUCCCGCGUCGGUCCAGAGGUGACGGACGUCAAAGUCGGCGACAGAGUUGCAUACAUAACCGGCCUGCAUAACGUCGGUAGGUAACUUGGAUUUGGGACGACAGAAGUCAUCCAUCACGUACCAGACAUGAACUGAUCUCGUCUAGGCUGCUUUCACACCCGUGGUAGAGUCGACCAGUCCGUUGUCACGAAGAUCCCCGAUGAGCUCAGCUACGAAGAGGCUGCUGGUCUGCCAGCGGUCUAUGUGACGGUGUUGUAUGCGCUUCGUGAUGUGGCGCGGUUGGCCCAGGGAGAGAGAGUGCUCAUUCAUGCCGCCGCUGGUGGUGUCGGCCAAGCGGCGAUUAACUACGCGAAGCAUGUUGGUGCAGAGAUCUUCGCGACCGUCUCGACACCGGAGAAGCGGAAGGCGAGUUGUUCAAGACCCAUCUUCAUCAAUGGUCAAUGUACUAACUGGCAAUAGAUCUUGGUCGAAGAGCACGGCAUUCUUGAAGACCAUAUCUUUUCCAGCAGAGACCUCUCGUUCGCAAAGGGUGUACGCCGGAUGACUGGCGGCGAGGGUGUUGACGUGGUCCUCAACUCACUGGCUGGAGAUGUACGAGCGACGUGUCCUAGACGCUUGACCCAGUAUGCUGACUUUUUUUCAGGCUCUGCGUGCUUCCUGGGCCCUCCUGGCACCGUUUGGCCGAUUCAUCGAAAUUGGCAAGAAAGAUAUCCAGGCCAACUCCAAACUCGAACUGCGCCCGUUGCUUCAUGCAACAUCCAUUACUUGCGUGGACCUUGUCUCGAUGAUGAGCAAGAGACCCUUGCUUGUGAAGAGGCUGACCGACGACACCGUGAGACUCUGGAGCGAAGGGGUUGUCAAGCCAGCCCGACCGACGACCGUCUGGCCGCUGUCGAAGCUUCAAGAAGGCUUUCAACUUCUACAAUCGGGCAAAGGCGUGGGCAAGAUGGUGUUUGUGCCACAGCCCGACGACAUCGUGCCUAUUGUACCGGCACAACCACCGCAGUUCCAACUAAAUCCAGAUGCAACCUAUGUACUCAGUGGUGGCCUCGGCGGUCUCGGUCGAAGCAUCGCCGGAUGGAUGGCUGGUCGAGGGGCCAGACACUUCUUGUUCCUUUCCAGCAGUGGCACAAUUACAGCCGCAGUCGCGGACAUGAAGUCAGAUCUCGAGGCCUCGGGAUGCAAGGUCCACAUCGUGAAAUGCGACGUCAGCGAUGCGGAGCGUCUGAAGGUUGUUCUCGAAGAGUCCAAGACUGCCAUGCCGCCCAUCAAAGGCCUCGUCCAGGGCGCUAUGAAGUUGCAGGACUCGAUCUUUGAGAACAUGUCGUAUGAAGCCUACAUGGCGGCUGUCAACCCUAAAGUGCCAGGAUCAUGGAACUUGCAUACGCUCUUGCCCGGCGAUCUCGACCACUUUGUCAUGCUUUCUUCUGCUACCGGAAUACUCGGCAAUCGCGGGCAAUCGAAUUACGCUGCAGGAAACACGUUCCAAGAUGCUCUUGCUCAUCACCGACGAAGCCGGGGUCUCGCAGCUUCGACGAUAGAUGUAGGGGCUAUCCUUUCGGUGGGAUACGUUGCGGAGCACGCCGAACGAGUGACGAUCAACAAAGGCAUCAGCGUUGAGCUAGAGCGGAUCAGAGAAGAGGAACUCCACGCAAUGAUUGAGUAUGCGAUGGACAGCCGACACAAGGCUGCUGCACAGAUUGUCACCGGUCUUUCGAAUAGAGACCGGUACAGGAAGAAGGGAAUGCCGACGCCGACAUUCAUGGAUUUUCCACUGUUUGCUCACCUCAACGCCCAAAGCGUUAAUGGUGCCGCUUCCUCCGGAGAGGAUAGUUCGGUCGCCGUCGAGACGCUCCUUGGUGUUGCGAAGACCUUGAGCGAGGCCGCGUCUAUCGUGACGGAUGCAGUUGUUGCAAAACUUGCAAGCUUACUGUCUGUGUCUGCAGACGACAUCGACGCCGACAAGAGCGUGAGCGCAAACGGUAUCGACUCGUUGGUCGCGAUGGAGUUCAGAACAUUCCUGGUUAGGGACGUCAAGGCGGACGUGCCAAUGCUGGAUAUUAUGGGUACUUCGAGUAUCAAAGUUCUCUCGAAAAAGAUCGCGUCGUUGAGUCGAGCGGUGGCAAUUGGAGAGGAGGAAAGCAAGACUGAGGGUAGCUCAUAG